AUGGGCGCGUUGUCGUCACAAUGGAAUGUUAUUACGGCGCCGGGGCAGCCUUGCAACGGGGCGGAGGGGGGGCUAAGGGGCACACUCCCGCGCAACCUGCCGUCGGGCUUCGCGCUCAACAACGAAGUGAAUAAACAAACAUUUGUGAUCGCCGUAUUAACUUGCGCGGAUAAGAUGACGGUGAAUUUCGGCGUGUUGGAGUUUGAAAUCGACGCGUGCUGCUUAAAAAAUUUCGGCGCGCGUAAC